AUGAGUGAGGUGAAUGUAUUGCAUUUGCUCAGUGUGGCCUAUAGCGGCACAAAGGAGGAGCGUACCUCCGCCACUGCGCAGCUUGAGUCCCUUUUUAAAAGUGAUUUGGCCCCGCAUUAUAUCCUGACAGUCCUACGCUCGGCUGUGGAUUCAAUGGUACCGGUAGAGCAAAGCCUUUCGGCUCUUAUUUACGUAAAGAAUUGCCUCAUGUAUACAACACCCGAGGAAGUUCUUGCGGAAACACCGGAGAUAUUCGAGCAAAUUAAGCAAACGUUGUUUACUGGAGUUUUCCAGGUCCCUGCGACGCACCGAAGAGUGAUCUGCGAAUGCGUGUCGACGCUUAUUAGUGGCUUCAAAUGGAAUUUUUUGGGGGAACUUUUGCCGAUGGUAGAUCAACUUUCGAUCGGUGGGAGUACACAGAAGGUUGCGGACACGUCCACCUUUGCUAUCUCAGAGCAAGCGUCUGCAGUUCUGGAGAUGCUCUACACCUACACCAAACGAUUCAAGACCCCUAACCUAGAGCCCAUGCCUCUUAAAUUGCACGUUUGCUCCGCCCUAAUGAAGCCUUUAUUAGGGUUUCUGGAAUAUAAUAACUUUCAUAUAUCAAAAAUGGUCUUCAAGGUUGCCGAGGGUGUAGUGGAGACCGCAUUGCAACAGCGAAACGCCAAGGUCAUCCCUGCGGAUUCCUUUGAUGAGUGGUUCUCUUCUAUGGUCGGGUUCUUAGAGAAAAAACAUCAAGACGCCUCCGUGGUGGGUGGGAAAAUUUAUGAGGAGUACGUCAAAUGCGUCAAGCGGAUUGCCAUGAUUAGCUUCAGCGUCAUGAACGAUGCAACCCGCCACAAGAAGCCCGCACCGGUAGCUACGCGUUUCCUAAAGGUGCACGCUGCCACCUUUUUCGGGAUAUGGCAGGGUUGGUUGGGGUUUUGCCUCCAGUCGCCCGAUCGUGAGAGGCACCGGAAGAGCGAAAUGUUCGCAAUUCAAUACCUGAAGAUGUGCACGCUGGAUGAGGCGCUCUACACCGGGUAUAUUCGCCCUGCCGCGAUGUCGAUCAUCGAGCACCUGCUCUUUCCGUAUUUAUGCUUCGGGGAUGAGGAUGAAGGGGCGUUUGCGGACGACACCGAUCUUACCGAUUACGUGCAGUAUAUGAUGGAUGAAGGGCUUGAUGGGGGGGAGUUCACCCCACGCCAGGUCGCCUCCCACGCGAUCCUCGCGGUAAUCGGGGGCAAGAAGCGUUUCCACGACGCCCCAGGGAUGUUGCAGGCCCUUCUUCACGUCCUCACCGCCGGCCUCGCGUUGGAGACGAAUGAAACGAACUUUCCACGCCUCUUUGGGUUUCUUCAGCUGCUGUCGAUCCUGCGGCGGUAUCUGCGCGGGGUGGGAGAGGUCUGGGAGGGGCAAAUGGCGCUCGUGCUGAUGCGCGACGUGGCGCCACGGCUGCGCGCGGAGGUCGAGUUCAUUCCCCUGCGUUGUAAGGCCGUGGAGGUCUGCCAGCGCUACGCGAAGGUGCCGAUGCCGACCGAGCACGAUUUUGCCGCCUUCAUCGCGAUGAUGGGGGGUCUGAUAGGGGACGGCAACGCGCGCGUGCGGCUCGCCGCGAUUGAUGCGAUGUGCACCCUCUUGGAGAUGAAACGGGCGCGGCCGUACCUCCUCCCCGUGCUCGUUCCCCUCGUGGAGGAGUGCAUCGCGUUUAUGAAUCGCGUCCAGACGACGUUCGUGCCGACCGUGAUUUUGCACCUGGCGACGCACUUCGCGCCCGAGAUGGCGUCGGUGAUGGGGAAGCUUGGUCGCGCCCUCGUGCAGCACUUCCUCGCCAGCGCGUUUGAGCUGGAGCAGCGGCAGCAGCAAGAGUUGGAGAUGGAUUCCGAUAACCUCGCCCACAUCGAGCAAAUGGCGCUCUCGGCGGAUGCGCAACUCGAGGCCAUCUACACGGUGGUUCUCUCCUGCAGCGAGAACAAGCCGGCUUUUCUGGAUAUGCGGGCGGACAUUCUGAGGCUCAUUCGAGCCAUUAUCGAGCAUUCUGAAUCCUUUGACUUCAUGGAGAAGGCGCUGGACAUCUUCCUGCACGUGGUACGAUUCUCCGAAAGUGAGAUUCCGAGCGAGGCCUGGGAGCUGCUCCCGGUGCUCUUUCAAGCGGUUGACUCCGGGGUGGGCGUUGAUUUCUUCGUUAACAUCGAGGAAGUGCUGGAUAAUUUCGUAUCCGGGGUACCCCUGGCGUUUUUAACCAACGCGCCCAUCAUGGAGGCUACCUUCAAUGCCUGUCAAAAAAUGCUAAUUGGGGGCGUUGUGUGCGCGCCAGACUGCAAGAUCGCCGCCGCGAAGCUCAUUGAGGCAUUGCUGCAUCAGGCAAAGGGAUGCAGCGAGCACCCCGGCAUUUUCGACGCGCAUCUUCCCUAUUUCGUGAACUUACUUCUCAAGUCCCUUGUUCAUCCGGAUAUGCAGGAAAACCCGGAUACCCAUCUGCGUGUUUGGAUCGUAGCGGCCUUGAUGGACUGUUUUUUCUUCAACGCCCACAUUACGUUUGAUACGCUGGUGCAGUCAAACGCCUGCGAUCAUUUUUUCCAUGGCUUCUUCCACCUUUUCCGGGGCUGCAUCCCUCAAUUCGCCGCUGCAACCGCCCACCGCGCAGCUCCCAUCGCAUCCAGGAAGAAAAACGGCGUGAAAUCGCUCAAGAAGAACCCGGAGGAUGCGGAGGCGGCCGAGGUGGUGGAGAGUCUGUCGAUUCUCACCCGAAAAGUGAUCAUCCUCGGUUUGACGUCGCUGAUGGAGUUCGUGUUGGGGUGUUGUGAAGGGGGGCAGUCGCGGGUGGGGGCGGUUUCGGAGCCGACGGCGCUCGCCACUCGUUUGUUCGUCGAGCAACACCUCCCGAAGGCGGUCGCGCUUGUGCAGUACUGCAUUUUCACCAAUGAAGGGUUGUACGCGGCGCGGUGUCGUGUUUCCGAGCGCAGUUUACACGACAUCCGCACCGGCGCCGACACCGAGGGGGACGACGACGCCGAUCUGCACGAGGAUGACGAGAUGGGGCUCGACGACAUCAACGCGACGUCCGAUGACGACGACGAUGACGACUUCGCCGAGAUCAACGACGACGACGGGGAUGAGGACGGCCAUUCCAACCCUUCCGAUGACGAGGGAGACGACUACGAGAGCCCGAUUGAUGAUAUCAAUGAGGUUCAGUUCUUCUUGCGAUGGUUGGGAUCCUUCAUGCACCAGGCGCAGCCAGGUGUGGGCGCGCGAGAGUCCGUGCUGGCUAUUUUGAGAGCCGAGAGUGAGUACGUAAACGCGGAGCAGACCGCCCAAAAAUACAGGCAACUCUGGAAGGAAUUGGAAGAGGCGAUGCGCCAGGACUUCCAAACGCGGCAACGGCAGGCGACCGGCUAA